AUGUCUAGCUCGCUUGCCAACCCGUCGUGCUAUUUAUAUGGCCCUGGAGAUGCGAGAAUUGAGGAGAGUGUAUAUCCAACAAUCGAAGAUCCACACGAUGUCGUCGUACGCAUAGCUUAUGUCGGGGUUUGUGGCAGUGAUGUUCACUUCUGGUCUCAUGGCGGAAUCGUCAACAAAGUCAGUGAGACGAACCCUAUCAUCAUGGGCCAUGAAGCAUCUGGCAUCGUCCAUGAAAUUGGCUCAGCAGUCUCAACCCUCAAGAUUGGGGACAAAGUUGCCAUCGAACCAGGUCAGCCGUGUCGUCGUUGCAAAGCUUGUAAGGCUGGUCAUUACAACCUUUGCUCGACGAUGAAAUUCGCAGCUGAUCCCCCGCACUCCCAUGGAGCACUCAGGAGGUACUUCAAGAUGCCCGAAGAUUACUGUUACAAGUUGCCAAGUUCAAUGGGUCUGGAUGAAGGUGUACUCGUUGAACCUUUAGCUGUUGCAGUCCACGUUGCUCGUCUAGCUGAAAUCAAAGCCGGGCAAGACGUCGUGGUCUUUGGAGCUGGGACUGUUGGAUUCCUCUGUGCAGCUGUUGCGAAAGCCAUGGGAGCGAAGAAAAUCAUCUCUGUGGAUGUUAAUGGGUCUCGCUUGAAAUUCGCAAAGAAGUUUGCAGCGACUGGGACUUUCCUUCCUUCUCGCGAGGAUUCUGCAGAAGAUUCAGCACGCAAGAUCAUCGAAGAGAAUGGAUUGGAUGAGGGUGCUGAUGCAGUUCUUGAAGCUACCGGAGUUGAGAUCUGCAUUGAGACAGGAAUCUAUACUGCAAAGCGUGGUGGCACUUUCAUCCAAGCUGGGCUUGGAAAGUCCAAGAUUCAGUUUCCUAUUGUGAAAUUGUCGGAGAAAGAGAUUAACAUGAAAGGAUGUUUCCGGUACAACGCUGGAGAUUAUGAGUUGGCCAUGCAUUUCCUGGAAUCUGGGAAGAUAUCUGUCAAGGAGCUGAUUAGCAGCGAGGAGCCAUUUGAGCGUGCCACAUAUGCGUGGGAUAAGACGAAGCGUGGGGAAGGCAUUAAGAAUCUGAUUCGAGGACCACAGGAUUGA